AUGUUUUUCACCCUUGAAUCCGGCGACUACAGGGCCGCCACAGCGAUCCUUGGCAUUGCUGCGUUCACUGGCAGUCUAGUCUACUUUGUCAGUGUCUUCAUUGACAGUCGCAAAGUCUUUUCCAAAUUCCGUCGCGCUCCUUCAUUCAGCCACCCGACCGAGAAACCUCCGGUCAAAGCAGGGCAGGACCCGAGUUAUGUGAAUUCGUUUCCGCCAUCCCAGAGAGCCAAACUCGCGGAGCUCGGGCCUCAAUAUGCAGACGUGAAGGAGGUUGACCUUGCCACAACGCGGAAGCCCCUCCUCACACUGGAGGCCGACUACCGCACAGCCAGUCUCAACGAAUUCAACUUCAGCGGGUUCAGCAUCGCCGAUAUCCAGUCUCUCGGUGACUUCCCUGACUAUGCAACACUCUCAGGCGUUCCCUUACCAUCACCACUGAAGAAAUUCAACAUCGACAAGGCGGUCCCACGUCCGUAUCGACCUUUCAGAUGGGCUUACCAUCAAACCAUGUACUUCUGGAUCGAGCUUGAGAACACCUACAGGAACCGAAUCGUCGAGCGUCAAGAGCUGUACGCCAAGAAUGGUGAAGGUGUUUUGGCAGCUUUGCCAGGCUCAGAGCUUGCUUGCAAAGAGCUCAUGGAGAUGGUCAUCCAGUUCAUCUGUGCGAGGUAUCCAAACCAGUUCAAGCGCGAUGGCACCAUUCUGGUCAACAAUAUUCUGGGAACCACGACCGAUCUCUCGAAAACCGAACCACUCGUUGUGCUGCUGAACAACGUCCCCGAAGACUUUGGCAUCAUGAUCCGGGACCACAAAACGGGCCGAUAUGUUCUGCGAGCUGGCAUGGUAUGCUCGUCUGUCGGUUGGAAGAUCAGUGAGAAGAUGGGGAUGGGGCUCCCUGGUAUUCACAAGCCUGUUCCAGAUUACAGGGAGAAGAUGGAGUUCAGCAUGGACCGGUUCUUCACCAAGAUGCCGACAAACAAGCCAAUUCAAAGAGGAUCAUGGGGCCUUGAAAUGGGCCAACCUCUAUUCCUGCCAUCAGAGGACCCAGAGUUUUCUCAUCGAGAAUCUCAAAAUCCCCAGCUGAAGCCAGAGGAUGUCUAUCUACGGGUCGACUGGCAGACGCUACGUCGCCUCCCCCUAUCGGGCGCCAUCGUGUUCAACUUCAAAGCUCUGUUCACCCCUCUAAGCGAGUUUAAGGAUGAGCCGUAUAUUCCAUCCAUAGUGCUCAAAGUCCUCAAUGAGGGUAAAGAGAGCAUUCUCAAGUACAAAGGUACAUGGCAUGUGGAGCACGUUGCAAAACCAGCAUUGGAGGAGUAUGAGAAGUACCAACUUGAAAACAGUGUAAUCGAGAGGGAUUGGGUGACACAUACUCUACCUGAGGCCCCGUUCUUCAGAGGAUGGGAGAGGAAGUGGACUGUGGACUAA